CUAAUCCAUAUCACACAAGGAUUACACAAUGAAGAUGAAAAAGAAGGCCCGAAGAGUGACUACAUGGAGAAGAACGUUUUAUCAAAGAAACGUUUCAUAUGUCUCUAUAGUGUGUUGUCUAGCUGUUGGGCUUCGUUUCGUUUAGUUGCAUUAAUCGUUUGUUAAUUUAUUGUUUAGUGUAAGUGUAGCCAAUGGAAGACAUGUGGUAGUCCUAUGUAAUUAUUGUUCGUUACUUAAUGUAAAAGGCGCAGAGCAACUCAUUGUUGAUGUGUUGGUUUUCCUUACAAUUUAACCAUAUCUAGAAAAUUCUCAUGGUAUUCGAGACGUCGAUCUAGGCCAGCUACCACUCUAGCAAGUCCGACCAACAGCGUUGCCAUCUAGAAAUUAGCCAAACAUCCUUAUCCAAGAUAGUUGUAACAUUACAGUAGUCACUUGAAUCUUGAAUUCGUUGCAAAAGGAUACUAAGCAUUCUGCAAUGAGUCAUGAGAAUGCGAAGUCAUUUGGGAUGAGAUCCAACGUAGAUCUGGUCAAUUGCCAAUCAAUUGACAAACCUGAAAAUGAGAUACAUGGAUGGGAGUGUGGUACUGUGUCUAUCACUCAAUACUACAUGCUCAAUAAGAUUUUAUGAGAUUAGUAUAUAGACUAAUAGUAGAAUGUCACUGCAUCUCAGGCAAUCAAAAUCUUGUACUGUUGUGGUUGCUUAUAAUCGUAGUCGGCGACUGAUUCCCUUAUCAAGUUUCUCAAGGGCAUUAACCUUGAGUACGAAGUGUCUAGAAGCAACGGUUGAUGUUGAAGUCAUCACUAACUACGGUUGAUGUAGCAAUGACUUGUUGCAACAUGAAUGACUCACUCCUACUGUCACUCUAGAAAAUGGCCAAGUGUAACCACUUCCUAAAGCGUAGUAUAGCGGGUUUGGGUUUUAAUGUCAACCCGGGUCCUAGAUGUGAUGACUACUCAGUGAAUUCUUAUUAUCUAGCAGUGAAACUUAAGUGCAGGCUCAAACAAGCAAAAACACAAAGCAAGUUAAACGGUUGUUUCAAGUCGAGAGAGGUCACCCGGAUAUGGUUCCCCCUAGACUGCAGUUAAGCCGGAUUGCAAUUACUAAGUUCAGUUUCUAUGAAAGUUAUACUGCGGAAGGUUCUUAAACAGUCUGAAGUCUCGACUAAAGGUCUCCAGACCCUCUCAAUCUGAGUCCCCAGCGGGCGACUAACCUCCACCAGAGUAAACAGAUUGAGGCCUAAUGAACCAAACCUCCACUAUCGAAGUAAAUUCGGUACAGAAUAGUGAAUUGACUCCUCGACUAAAGUCUCCAAUUCACCACCUUCAAUUAAGGGUGCUCUAUUAACCUAGGCAGAUAUUCUCUUUCUAGGUUAAAGCAGAAAUAACAGGAAUUUGAUCAGGAUUCAAGUCGUUCAAUCAUUCAAGCCUCAAUUGAACAUAAUCAAAUCAUAAAAUAUGUACUUGGGUUCAUACAAUCAGACCUAACAUACAAAUCUAGGGUUCUCCAUACCCAGAUGAAUGAGAAAACUACUCCAUGGAGAAAGAAGCAAAAGCAGAUUCAGAUGCGAAACUAUACUGAGAAGGAUGGGUUUCUGCUCCUGGGCGUCGAUCGGCACUUCUCCAAGCUCAAGCUGGGCUCCAAUGGUGAUGAAGAUCAAGCUAGGGCACUUGGGAACUCUUGUUCGUCGCUUUCUCUCUCUAGGAAUCGCUCUGUCUCUCUACAACUCGGAACUCCCUCACUUGUGGCUGGAAAUUGGCUUAAAACCAGAAAAUCCCGACUCACACGGCCAUGUCACACGGUCGUGUGACUCUCCCAGCUGCCCGUGUGGCUUUGCAAAACGCGGCGUUUCGUUAAGUGACUUCAGGCUUCCUACGCGGCCACGACCCACACAGCCGUGUGAGUGACCAGGCUGCCCGUGUGGGAUUUGUCGAGCCUUCACACGGCCACAAUGGGUCUCCUACACGACCGUGUGGCCUUUGGGCAUGCCCGUGUGGCUUCUCAGCUUCUCGCCAAACGUCCAGACUUCGUCCAAUCGACCCCGAACUCAUUCCUAAACCUUCAUUCACGUCCUAGGACCUGAAAUAUCACAAACAAGAACAACCUAGCGUGAAAUCGGCCUAAUACGCGGGAAUCGACAUCUCAAAUGGCUCAAGAAUAGGGGUAGAAACAUGCGUAAUUAUUGGUCUAUCAAACUCCUCCACACUUAACCGUUUGCUUGUCCCCAAGCAAACCUAACUCAAACCAAUGCAGCUCUCCAGACCUCUAUAGCAACAAACAACCCCGAUCGUCGGUAGAGGAUUUUCUAGAUCAUAUAGCAGCUUACGAGGUCAACUGGUCUUUUAAGACAUUCCCUAUCUCUCUCAAUGCGAGUAAUAGACUCAAGCCAGGAUCAUGAGAAGAAGUAGAAGUAAGACAGUCAGUUCAUGGAUAAAGGGACUCACAACAUUCACAACCAAAGGCUCGUUGUACCGGGGUGCUCUUUCACUUCAUUUCAUCGUUGGAACCCCUUUUUCACUUUCAUUUUACUUUUUUUCUUCUUUUUAUUCACUUGGUGGGGGUUCCAACUGCAGUCUUUUGCACGAUCGACCCUUAUUAGUCGAGCAAGAGCAAUUUAUGUACAUCUGGCACUCGCCAAAGUACUUCUUUUAACUCCUUUUCCUCAACUCGUGUGGAGGGUCAAUGAAAUUAAGGGGGUUCGGAAGCUGUAUCCGUGCCCUUAAAAACACAUCCUCAAGUAGGCAAACCGUUCAACGGGUGGAAGUUUUACUUGUACUAGAGACGGCUUAGCUUCACCUUGUAGGAGUACCCCACUAAGGAUCACUAAAAUCUCUUCCAAAACCCGAUUUUGUGCAAUGAACGGUGCCGCACACG